UCUUGUUCUAGCAGGAUUGACCCCAGUGUGAGUGAUUGUGUGUGUGAGUGUGGUUGUUCUUUUUCAGAUUCUCACUAUGGAUGACAUCUACAAAGCAGCUGUAGAGCAGCUGACAGAGGAACAGAAACAUGAGUUCCGUGCUGCGUUUGACAUCUUCGUCCAGGAUGCAGAGGACGGCUGCAUCAGUACCAAGGAGCUGGGCAAGGUGAUGAGGAUGCUGGGCCAGAACCCCACACCUGCAGAGCUGCUGGAGAUGAUCAAGGAAGUCGAUGAGGAUGGUAGUGGCACUGUGGACUUUGACGAGUUCCUGGUCAUGAUGGUGAGAUGCAUGAAGGAUGACAGCAAAGGGAAGACUGAGGAGGAACUGGCUGACCUCUUCAGAAUGUUUGACAAGAACAAAGAUGGCUACAUAGAUUUGGAGGAGUUGAGGAUGAUGCUUGACGCAACAGGGGAGGGCAUCACUGAGGAUGACCUGGAGGAACUGAUGAGGGAUGGAGACAAGAACAAUGAUGGGAGGAUCGAUUAUGAUGAGUUUUUGGAUUUCAUGAAAGGAGUUGAAUAGAGAACACCAAAGUAAAACCAAAUUCAUUCAUGUGUAAUACCAUAAGAGUCAAAUCUGUAAUCCCUGAAAUACUUUUAUAAAGUAAUUAUGGCAA